AUCACAGACGUGUCUAUUGAACCAACCAUUACCUUGUUCCUUCCCAUGUCCUCAGAGACUGAAGAACGAGUUCAGUUUUCAUCGAUUGGAUUUUCAGGACUUAAGCAGCACUGCACUGCAAUGGAAACUAUGAAAAGUAACCCAGAGGAUUGUAGCCAAACAGAACUAGCUCAAUCACCACUGAUAAAUGGGCUUCCUGAUGACAUUGCCCUUUUCUGCCUUGCAAGGGUUCCGCGGAGGUAUCAUGCACUCCUCAAAUGUGUUUCAAAAAGAUGGAGAGAAUUGGUGUGCAGUGAAAAGUGGCAUUCUUAUCGUCGAAAGCAUAAUCUGGAUGAGACUUGGAUUUAUGCUUUGUGUAAAGACAAGUUUGAACAGCUUUGCUAUUAUGUGUUAGAUCCCAACGUUUCAAAAAGGUGUUGGAAGCGCAUUCAAAGCCUUCCACCUUGCUGCUUGAAGAGAAAAGGAGUGGGCUUUCAAGUGUUGGGGAAGAAAGUUUACCUAUUGGGUGGUUGUGGUUGGGUUGAAGAUGCUACUGAUGAGGUCUACUGCUAUGAUGCAGCCAUGAACACUUGGACUGAAGCUGCACCUUUGUCUACUGCCAGGUGUUAUUUUGCUUGUGAAGUUCUGGACAAAAAAAUUUAUGCCAUUGGCGGUUUAGGUUCAAACUCAAGUGAUCCACACUCUUGGGACACUUAUGACCCCCACACAAACAGUUGGAGAUCUUACACUGAUCUUAACAUUGUCCCUGACAUUGAAGAUUCUAUUGUUUUGGAUGGGAAAAUUUAUAUCCGAUGUGGAUCUUCUACUCCAUCUUCUCACGUGUAUGCAGUUGUUUAUGAUCCGUCAAGUGGCAUAUGGCAGCAUGCAGAUGCUGAUUUGGUGUCAGGCUGGCGAGGACCAGCUGUUGUCGCCAAUGGGAUCCUUUAUGUCUUGGAUCAGAGUUCUGGAACGAAGCUGAUGAUGUGGCAAAAGGAUAGAAGGGAGUGGGUGGCAGUUCGAAGACUCUCACACCUUCUUACAAGGCCACCUUGUCGUCUCGUUGCAAUUGGGACGAGCAUUUUUGUCAUUGGUAAGGGGCUUAGCACGGUGGUAUGGGAUGUUGGCAAAACAGGGAAUUUGGGAGGGAUGAUGGUGAGUUCUUCUGUACCUAAAUUAACUUCUGAUGAUGAUGUAAUCAGUUGUAAAUGUGUGGCAAUUUGAAGAAUGAAGCUGAAGUCUUUGCAAUGACAUGUAUUGUAACUCUGAUAGUGUCAAUAUUCGGGGCCUUUUUGAGAGCCCUUUGAAUUUAAUUCAUUCCCAAUCUGUCUUACAUAAGGUUUGAAACACUAUAAUUACUAAAUUUCAUACUUGAAACAAUGCUUUUCUUCUUUCAAAGUCUAUAUGUAACAGUCUCUUCAGGGGUUUGGUUUA